ACUGCAAAAUGUGUUUACUUAUUUACAAUAUACUUUUUGUCUGUAACUGCAUGCUUUGAAUUCUGUGUUCUUCCAUUUUUAGUGUCUAAUGAAUGAUCUGUAGUGUUUAUAAUUUUGACUUGCUGUGCGUAUGAUCUGAGAGCAUGUGUGUGAUUUUGAGGACAGGUAAAAUGGUUUUAAGGCAAUAUGUUUGAUUUUGCCAGAAGAGUCAGAGGUUCUGUGAAUGUGGUGUGAAAGUGUGGUUUUGUGUUUAAGGUUUUAAGAAAGUGAGUGAUGGUUUCAAGAAAUGUGUUUUAGCAAUUCAGAAAAAAACUGUAAGUUAUUUCUAUUAGUUUUAACCUCCAUCUCAAGGUGUUUGUUUGUCUGUUUUGUUUCUUUAAGUACUGGAUUUGAACCUCUUGUCCUUUUUUCAUAACAGCAUUAAACAUGAGUGAUUCCAGAGCAGCAGAAAGAGCAGAAGUGUUAAAAAAACAUAAAUACACCAUAAAAGAAGAACUCAGACGAGGGAUUUCAGGAAGAGUGUUUCUGGUGAAGAAUCCAGAUGAAGAUUGCUUUGUGGUCAAAGAGAUCAACUACAGAGAUAAUGUGAAUUUUAAUCUAGACGCAGCCAAAAAUGAAAUCAACAUCCUGAAGGAUCUGCAGCAUGGAUAUAUCGUUGGUUACAAGGACUCCUUUGAAGAAUCUGGAUACUUCUACAUUGUGUCGGAGUACUGUGCAGGAGGAGAUCUGUACAAGAAAAUGAAAACACAAGAAAAGACACCUUUCAGAGAAGAACAGAUCAUUGACUGGUUUGUUCAGAUUUGUCUGGCUCUGCAGUAUCUCCAUGAGAAGAAUAUUCUCCACAGAGAUAUAAAACCACAGAAUGUGUUUUUGACUGAGGAAGGUUACAUCAGUCUGGGGGAUUUUGGAUGCUCAAAAGUGCUGCAAAGAGCUGAUAAAUAUGCAACAUCUGUUGUGGGUACAGAGCUCUAUGUCAGCCCAGAGAUCCGUGAAAACAGACACAAUUCAAAAAGUGACAUCUGGUCGUUGGGAUGGUUGCUUCAUGAUCUCUGCAUGCUGAAUGUGUGGUCUAACUCCAUAAAGCGUCUCUGUCUAUAUGCCAAAAGCUUGGAAGGAACCAAACCCACAAUCUCAAAUAUCUACUCUGAAGAUCUAAAGGAAUUAAUCAGACAAAUGCUGAGCCGUGACCCUCAUGAGAGACCUUCAGCUGAUGAGAUUCUGGAUAAACCAUUCCUGGAAGAUGCAGUGGAGAGAAACAGGAGGAUUCCAGAAGUCCUUCAACGAAGGUUAUUGCCUUCCAUUGAUAACUUUAAUAAGGCCUACAGUGAGCACUAUACAGACUUUGAGACUGCAGUGAAUGAGUGGAAAACAGCAACAGAUUCACUAGAGGAGAUCCACCGUAAAUGUACUGUAGGCAGGCUGUCAGGUUCAGUGAUCGGAGCCGCUGGAGGAAUCACUGCAUUAGUUGGUGUAGGUUUGUCACUGUUCACAUUUGGAGCGUCUCUGAUUGUAGCUGGUGUUGGGAUUAGUGUUGGAGUUGGAAGAGGUGUAACAAGUGCAGCAUCCGACAUUAUCAAUAAUGUCAAACAAAAUGCACUCCGUCAGAGCUUUGAAAAACUUCAGCAGGACUACAAGAAUGCAAGUGAACCGAUUCUUCAGUCACUCAGAGCACUGAGAAAGUUACUGAGAAAACUUACAAGGUUCAGUGAUUUCCAAUUACAAGGUUUCGGCAGAAUUGCUGUUCAGUCUGCCGGUGUCGGACCAGCAGUCACUGCAGCUUCAAUAUUGUUGAGUGGACUAUUAAUCAUAUCAGACAUCGCCUACAUCGUGAAAGAUUCCAUAGAGAUUCACCAGAUGAGACAGGGAAGAGUAGAUGAUCCAGAAAAGGUCCAAUCCCCUGUACUCAAAGCCAUCGCUCAGAUGAGGAAAACACAUACAGAGCUUUGCCAUGUCUUGACAGUAAUUCAAGAAACAAGAAAUGCAUUGGCCAAUGGUGGCAGAAAUUGAGUUUAAACAUAUAAAUAUGAUACGAGACGCAAGCAAAAUUCUCCUGAUUUAAAUGUGAGCUUAAAGGUAGUGUAGGUCGGAAUUUUAUUAAAACUUUUUUUCCAAAUUUGUUUAAACUUUCUAUAUAUAUCAAUGCAUAAUUAAAUCUAAGUACUCUGAGAAAAAGAGUAUAAAAAUCGAGUGACUCGACCGUUUAAUCUGCACUAAACACAGCUCAUUAUUUCAAACCGGGACGAAACAACGGAUUGGCUUAGGCGACUGUCACUCUCUCGCAACCAUGGCAACCACCCUUUUGCCACACAAGACCUGCCCACUUGCGCGUAUCCAGAUCGUACCUGUUCGCAUGCUCUUGUUUGAGCUUGAAG